UGUAAUGGUUGGCUGGCCUGUAUGGAAGCCGUGUAGUUGUCAGCCGAACGUGUCAAAAUAUCAGCUGAUGUGUAAGCAAAAAGUUUGCAAUUAUGAAUUUUCAUAAUGGCCAUAAGGCUAAGCCAUUGGGGAGGGCAUAAGGAAAGGUAACAGACACUGCCAGAAUGGACAACAUUCAGGAUGAAUCUUGGACGAUAUACAAAGCGUCGCAAUAUUUACCGGCAGUUCUGAGCGAUCCGAAUAAAGGUAAACAAACGAAUUUUUUCACCAGAACCUGGGGUGAUGCCUUCGUUGAAAAGACUAUUAUUGAAAAAAGCCCCUUUCUUCCCGAAAUUACCUACGCACAUUUCGACCAGUAUCUUAGGAAGUAUGGCAAAAGAACCAAACGACACCAGAGAUUAAGCCAGUUGAGUAAUGAUGAAAUCAUUCAACCGAGUACCAGUAGUUGGGAAACUCCUUAUUCUCAGAACAAGCUUAAUUUGAUUCCUCUCAUUUACAUGCAGAAUGAGUUUAAUUUGAAUGACCCCAAGAUAUUUAGCCAGGUGUUUGAGAAUAAGUCCAAAUCAGAACACGAUGUGCAAGAUGAGCUCAGUUUUUACCUGGAUAUCGUUGAGGAGCAGAUUGCCAAGCAGGUUUCGCAGAAAUCUGGGGCCUUUUUCCAUGCCAUGACCUCACAUGACACCAUUAUGGAGCAAAUGGGGACUGCCAGUAACGAAGUGAGAGUGCUUCGCUCCAAAGUGCAACGAAUGGACAAAUGCCUUACUUCAGAUGCUCUCAAGUUAAUGGCACUUGCCAGGUCCAAAACGAAUCACAAAACAUUAGUUAACAAGCUGAAGCUCAUGGCUACUGUAUUGCAAACACAACCCACACUGCAGUUGCUGCUUAGUUCUUCUGACUAUGUCGGAGCACUUGAACUAAUAGCAGGUACACAGGAAGUUCUAGCUAAGGAACUAGCAGGUGUAACGAGCUUGCGCCACUUGCCCUCGCAGCUUAAGGAAAUGUCCAAACUGAUCGAUAAAAUGCUUAGCACAGAGUUUGAGAGAUAUGCUGCUGCGGAUUUACACAGACCUUUAAACUCAGAUGAAGGUGUUUUAGAACAGGAGCGUUUAGUGAGUUUAGCGGCAGGCCUUUUGCGGCAGAACCAUUUACAAUUUCUGGAAGUCUACAGGCUAGAGGCCGUAACCGCGGCCCAGGCUCUUUUAAAACAGUUGAUGAUUGAACAGUUGGCCGACGCAGAUGAUGAGCUCAACGAAUUAACGGGAUCUGGAGAGGUUGCGCCCACUAUGGACUCCGCGCACUGGUUGAAAGUCCUAAAGUCGGGAAGUGAGGCUCUGGUUAAACUCAUGCACAGAGUUCGGGCAGUUCAUGACGUGGUCAAGGAAACUGCCGAUGUAACUUGCGGACUGAGGGAAAACACCAUUAUAUCGCCAUCGAGUGCUGAACAUUUUCUCUCGCAAGACGACCACGUCCAAGUAACCAAGAAGCUAAAAGUGUUACUUACAUCAGUCUGUGAUUAUUGCAAUGAGCGACUGGCGGCGUUGGUUAGCACGCAAAGUGAUAACAAUACUGUAACGGCUCAUCAGGUGGCGGAUCUGGCCAAGAUCGUCGAGGAGUUUACGAACGCGUGUGAAGAAAUCAGCGGAAAGCAAAGCGCGGCCCUGAAGGCCGCUUUCAAGAUACAAGCAGGGAAUUAUGUGCACAAGUUCAACAUGCAGCGUAAAAACAAGCUGGCUUUGCUUUUGGACGCUGAAAGGUGGAAGUCUGCAGAUGUUCCAACCGAAAUUCAACUAUUGAUUGAUAAGAUGGCCAUGGGAGAUGUGAUCAAGUCGCUUCCAGGCUCUCCAUGCGAACAGGAAAUGAGCACUAAGCACAGUAGCAAGCCACUGCCGGCUCUGAAAGUUGGCUCGCAAAACUACGUAACCGUAGGAGCAGUACUAAUAUUAAUCCGCUUAGUGAGUGAAUAUUGUGUAUGUGCUUACGAUCUACAGCUCCUAUCGCCAGUCAUAGGCCGAAACCUAAUCGAACUGUUACGGACGUUCAAUUCGCGAUCAUGCCAGCUGGUACUGGGGGCGGGCGCUUUGCGGACUGCCGGCCUUAAAACCAUCACCAGCACCAACUUGGCCCUCGCUUCGAGAUCUUUACAGUUGGUCUUGUGGAUCAUCCCCCAUAUAAGAAACAACUUCCAGUCCCUCUCGGGUGAUAAUUUCAAUGGCUUCGACAGUGUGGAGAGGGACAUUGGCCAUCACAUCCAACAGUUGGAGGCAAAAGUGCUAUCGAUAAUGAACACUUUACUAGGGGAUCAACUGAGCGAUUGGGAGGCAAAACCUCCGGUUCCUAGCAAGCACUUUCGGAACAUUUCCAGACAUUUGACGAAGCUACACGAGGCUGUGAGCUCUGUUUUGCCCGAAGAGCAGAUCAGCGACAUUUACCAGGAAAUCCAUAAGAACUUCAAAACUCGAAUAAGAGAGCAGAUUCUCAGGAUGAACAUACAAAGCAAUGGGGGGCCGCAACAUGGCAUUGUCACCACCGAAGUGAUCUUUUACUUGCAAACCAUGAAAAUGCUUAAAGUUUUACCCGCGAAAUGUGUUAGUGAUAAUGCCAUGGAGGAUAUAUGGGAUAGGUAAUAGCUAAUGUGUAUGUUCAAUCAUUAUCGUCUUAAGUAUACAGAAUGGAGCGUCUUUAGAACGAAUUCGUUGAUAGUGUAAAUAAAUUAUUGGUUCUAAGACAAA